AGAGGUCUGCUGGAAGGAGAAAGAAGGUAUUUGGCUGAACGUUGUCGUGAAAGAGGAGAAUGAAGAGGAGGAUGUCACAGUAAACGAAGAAGUAGAGGGUGAGGCUGUUACACAGAAAGAAGAGGAAGAAAACGAUUAUACUUUUUUUGGAGUGAAUGAAGGAGAGAUAACUGUCAUAUUGAAGGAGGAGGAGAGGGAAGAAGAGGAGGAGACAGAAGAUCUGAGUAACACCAGAGAGAGACCAGACUCUCCUUCUGACAGCAGGAAGAGUCCUUCAGGGAAACCAGACCCCGAGACGUCCAAACCAGCAGGACGACAUCACUGCUCCCAGUGUGGAAUGACGUUUACCCAGUUAGGGAGCCUGAGAACACAUAAGAGAAUACACACUGGAGAGAAGCCUUACCACUGUUCCCAAUGUGGAAUGACGUUUACCCAGUUAGGGAGCCUGCAAACGCAUGAGAGGGGACACACAGGGGAAAAGCUUUUCCAAUGUUCCCAUUGUGGAAAGAGUUUUGGCCAGGUAGGAAACCUGAACAAGCAUGAGAGGACACACACAGGUAAGAAGAUGUACCGCUGCUCCCAGUGUGGAGAGAGAUUUACCCGGUUAAGGUACCUGAAAGAGCAUGAAGGAAUACAUACAAAUACACAGGAGGAGAAGACAUACCACUGCUCUCAUUGUGGAAAGACCUUUUCCCAGUCAGAGAACCUGAAAACACAUGAGAGAAUCGAGAGGCUGUGUUCUGACUUGUGUUUUUGACUGAGAAUGUGUGUGUUUGUUUGGGCUGUCAGACUUGAGUUCACUUUGUGUAAUGUUAGUGCACUAUUUUUAAUUGUGAUUAAUCCAUUGUCUGAAAGGGUUAAAAACACACUGAAAACAUCCAGAAUACAUCCUAUAUACAGCUACAAUCUACAAUGCCAUGUAAACACAAGAUGACAUUGAGGUUAAAUAAAGUGUGAUUUAUCAAUGGAACAUA